AUGGAUUCUGGUGUAGGCCGCAUCGCUCUGCAGCGCAGCGGUUCUGAAGUUUCCUUCUCUGAGCUAUCCUCCACCUACCCACUCAAACUCUUGUCUCCUCGCAUAGAUCAAAGGGGUGUCGCAGUGGUCUAUGUGCUCACGUACGGAGGCGGGCUUGUUGGUGGAGAUGCUAUCGAGCUUUCCGUCGAGAUUCGAGAAAAUGCAGCUUUGGUGGUGUUAUCUCAGGGAUCCACAAAGGUCUUCAAGAGUCGAAUUGGACACAUGUUAUCGACCCAAGUGUCGCCUGAUGCUGUUACAAGCCAGACGAUGAACGUCCUUGUUCAAUACAAAGGAGCUCUCUUCCUUCUUCCCGAUCCUGUAACAUGCUUCCGUUCAGCCAAAUAUAAUCAAGUCCAAAUUUUCCGCCUGGAAGGAGCGGCGUCUGUUGUUAUUUUAGACUGGGUUACGUCCGGGCGUCGAUCGCUCGGAGAGGAAUGGGCCUUCUCCCGGUACUACAGCAUGAAUGAAGUGUGGGUCAAUGACGAGUGCAUAGCCAAAGAUGUUACGCUUCUGGAAGAACAUGCGUCUUCUGUUCCCCCUCUGUCAUCGCGAACUUUGGCCGACGCACUCGCACCAUAUUCCUGCUAUGCGACUCUGAUCUUGUAUGGCCCACUCGCACAGAGCACUAUUCGCCAUCUCUCUGGAGAAUAUGCGGAAAUUUCCGUCUUCAAGCAUUCUACGCCUCCGUCGUUCCUUUGGUCGUUAAGCCACAUUCGCGAGGGGAAAGGUUGUGUGGUGAGGGUGGCUGCGAAGGAGACCGAGGAUGUUCGCAGUUGGCUUGGCCUAAGGCUCAAACCUCUUGAACGCGUUAUCGGAAACGAUAUCUAUAGAAAAGCAUUUAGCUAG